AGAGGCUUUCUAAUAACUGCCUCUGGUGGGGGAGAGCAAAGAUCCCUAAGAGAAAGCUUUUCCUCCACAGAAGACUUCACUACCUUUUUUGGAAAGGUACACCAGAGAUCCACUAAUAAAAGGUCUACCUCCUUUGGCUGGAGGGCAGAGAAGACGAAAAACAAGGUCCCCGCGCCACAGCGACGAUGCUGCGGAGGCUGCUGCGCCCCUGGAGCGUCGCCGUGUUCCUGCUCAGCUGCUCCGAGCCCUCCGGCGGCCGCUCGGUGGAGCAGCUCGGCCGCCGCCUCAAACGUGCCGUGUCCGAGCACCAGCUGCUGCAUGACAAGGGCCGUUCCAUCCAGGACCUACGGCGCCGCUUCUUCCUGCACCACCUCAUCGCUGAGAUCCACACAGCUGACAUCAGGGCCACCUCUGAGGUUUCCCCCAACUCCAAGCCGGCGCCUAACACCAAGAACCACUCGGUGCGCUUUGGGGCAGAUGACGAGGGCCGCUACCUGACGCAGGAGACCAACAAGGUAGAGCCCUACAAGGAGCAACCCCUUAAGGCCCCUGGCAAGAAGAAGAAAGGCAAGCCCGGCAAACGCAAGGAGCAGGACAAGAAGAGGAGGAGGACGCGCUCGGCCUGGCCCACCAGUGCCCCGGCCACCAGGCUCCCCAGGAACCUGCCGGCCACCUCGCUGGAGCCGGAACCAAGGAGGCACUGAAGUCUCCAGCCUGACCUUCAGAUGACAGAUUACAGAACUCUGUAAUAGUGAACAUAUGGAAAGUAUUAGAAAUAUUUAUUGUCUGUACAUACUGUAAAUGUAUUGGAAUAAAACUGUCUCCCUCUCCCGCUGCUCCAUGAAGCUGCACAUUGGUCAUUGUGAAUAUGGUAUUUUUUUUUUGGCUGAAGCUAAUCCAAUUAUUAUUACCCCAUCUACCAUAAUUUAUUUUGUCAACUGAUGUAUUUAUUUUGUAAAUGUAUCUUGGUGCUGCUGAUUUCUCUAUUUUUUGUAACAUAAUGCACUUUAGAUAUACAUAUCAAGUAUGUUGAGAAAUGACACAAGAGAGUGUCUCUAUUUUGUGGUUAAUUUUAAAUGAAUUCCUAAAUAUAAUUACCCAAACCAAUCUCCCUCUGUGCAUGUAAAAAAAUAGUAGGAUUUUAAAUUUGUAAAGAAUGUCUAAUAAAAUCUAACCUAAAUGACA